AUGGACAUGUCUACCCAACGAGACGCAGCAAACGACAACUCACGAGGGCCAGCGCAGCCUUCAAACACCAACACAUCCAGCUCGCCCGAUUCGGAUUCCUCGGGGGCCAACCGGCCGACGACUCCUACAAAACCAAAGGGUGUCGCAUGGGCCGAGGACCAAUUGACGUUUUAUCGCGAAGGAACUCCACCUCCCUUGGAGCAUGACGGCUACUACCAACAGGACAGCUUGAGCACCGGCCCGCAUGCUGCUGGCGCGUACUCGUACGAUUACAGCUACGACCAUGUGGCUCCUCCUGCCCCGAUCCCACAAGCAACAAUAUGCGGUCUAGGGAAGCGAUUGUUUUGCAUGGUUGUCGCCGCAGCCAUUCUAGGCGUCGCAAUCGCAGUUGGCGUGGGUGUGGGCGUGGGCGUGGGUAUGAGACAUGAUUCAACAUCAGACGAACAUGGCUCCUCCACAAAAUCUCCAUCUGCUAUUACUACGUAUGUCUCAAGAGCGCGCCCCCCCUCUCUUCGUGAGACGAACUGUUUCGCAGAAUAUCCCACUGCGUCUAAUGGACGAAAAGUAACAAUCAUGCUACGUAGUCCAUCGGUUCAUACCGUCACGCCAACCUCGAUAGCGGCCAACCCCACGAAGACGGCUCUGCUGGCGUGUCCCGCAGCGAACAAUACCAAGUACGAAGUCCUGUCGGUUGAAAAGACCUUUUUACGGGUAUGCGGAGUCGACUAUACCGGCAGCGAAGGGGCGGCCGACUUGGGUGUUGUGUGGGCGUCCAGCAUGCAGGACUGCAUGAAUAGCUGCGCUGGAUAUCCGGACUGCACCGGAUGCAGCUGGGGCGUAAUCCCUGGGGACGCUGGCAGCGAUCACAGAUGCUGGUUGAAGAGCGACUUGAAGACGCCUACUGCUGUUCGGAGCGGCUGGGACUUUGCGAUUUUGCAAUGA